AUGAUUUUGAUUGUGUUUUCGCUGCUCUUGCUGCUGCGCUUGUCGUCGAGCGGCAGCCCCGACAAACCGUCGUCGGCGGCUUUUGAGGUUUUCAAUCCCACUCUCGUCGCCGCUGCGGGAGGAAGCAGGCGUUUAUUACUCCGCGACAAUAACGAAAAUAAAAUUCGGUAUAUGGAUGCAAGUUCCAGAGAAAGACAAGACCGAUACGAGAGAUGGAUGAUGAAUAGAAAAAACAGGCAAAAUGAAAAGAAGAAGAAGGAAGCCGAGGGCGACGGCCACGAGGACAAACGGAGGAUGCGAGAGGAUGAAUCCAGAUCUCGACAAAUGAUGUUACGACGAGAACGGCAGAGGAACCCGGGUUUUGAGAAACUCGAGUUGCAACGCCAAGCGCGGUCGCAGACGAGACUCGAACAUAUCAAAAGAUGGCAAGACUUGCGGGAAAGCAGAAAUUACGCGGUAGAACACGAAAACAUGCAAGCGAGAAGAAGAAGGGAAGAGAUGAGAAAGAGAAAAACGACGCGAAAAAAGACGACGAAAGAACUCGUGGCUGAGUGGGAACGAAGAUAUUCGAUGGCAGAGAGAGGAUGGGCGAGAGAGAGUAGAAUGUUGCACACGAAAUACGGGGAUAUGUAUCGAGACAAUUUAGGAGUGAAUAGUAACACAGAUAGCGAGAAACCGGUGAUGUUCGUUCACAUAUCGAAUUCAGGGGGUACGGCGGCGUGUAACUCGGUCUCUGGCGGCGGAGUGCGAACAACAUUCGAAGGGAAUUGUAACUUGAUGUGUAACAUGCCGUGGCAUUGGUCGAGAUACUAUAAAGGACCCGGCGAGUGGACCGAAGAAGAAAUGAAGACGUUAGAUUCGUGCGACCAGAAGGAUGAACACGUGCAAAACAUGAUGGUGGACGAACGCGAUUGCGAAGCGAUGGCGGAAUACGCGAAAAAGUGGAAAUUUCGCGUUCUAUUCCGCGAGAUGCUUUUAGCGGAAACCGGCGAGAAGGCGAAUGAUUUUACCAUUUGUCCGCAAUUUCGAUACGUGAUGUUUUUCAAAGAUCCGUUGAAAAGAUAUAAAUCCGAAUUGAGCAUUCGACACGGAUUCGACGGCGUGAACGCGACGAAAAGAUUUGUCGAAACAUCCUACGCCGGUGUGAAUAAAGGUGAACGCGCGUGGUUCGGACCGAGCUUAUUGAAUUUUCGAGAAAAUCUCGGUCACAUCAUGCCAGGUACUCCCGGUAUCAACAAUUUUGUCACGCGAACGUUGUUAGGUCCGGAUGUUUACACGCUGCCGCCGAAGAAAAUCACCGAAGAACAUCUCAAUCGCGCGCGAGCAAUCCUCUCGAAGUUCGAAGCGGUGAUACCUUUGGAAAAAGCGUUUGAGUCGUACACCUGGCGCAUCUUCGCUUCGCUCUUCCCGGAAGUCGGCGAACGGCUUUUUUAUAAAACCAAAGCGCAGCUUUGGUGCAAACACGCCAACGUGAAAAAUGUCAAGCACAAAGAUAACAUCGCAGGCGACGAGAAAUUGCACAAAAUGAUCGAAGAAAUGAACACCAUCGACACAAAACUGCACUCGGAAAUCACCGCGAAGUACGAGAAGCAAAUGGAGAUGUUUUACGAGCAACACCCGUACGAAAACAAGAGACGCCUAAAAACGUUGCCGACGUGCGCGGAAGCGAGAACGCACUACCAUAAGCCUUCUUCUUCGAGACCGGAAGCUCUCCAUCGGACGAGUACUACGCACGCGAGACCGGCGUCGUUAAAAACGACAAAAACGACGGAAACGGUUUCCGAUGAUUCGGUAGAAAAGAGUGGGGGUAAAAUCAGCAUCUCUGGUCUCCUCGGAUGA